CAAAUGGGAACCCAGCUGCACAUUUACAGAGACUAGGUAAAGGUUCACAGUGUCUCAUCCCCUGAAAAGGGUUAAUAGAGAUGCAAGGGACAGUUAGAGGCAUCUCCUACACUCUGUUGUGUGCAGCUCAGCGCUCAGCAUCUGUCAGGAUGUCCUCGCAUGCAACCAUACCUCCAUCCCCAUCCCUUCUGCAGCCUUUACAGGUGCCCCAACGUCUAAUGUUGGGCCCUGGCCCCUCCAAUGUACCUCCACGGAUACUGGCAGCUGGGGCUCUCCAUAUAAUUGGACAUAUGCACCCUGAAACUUUCCAGAUAAUGGAUGACAUUAAGCUGGGAAUACAGUACGCCUUUCAGACACAUAACACUCUGACCCUGGCUGUGAGUGGAUCAGGACAUUGCGCAAUGGAGGCAGCCAUCUUCAACGUGGUCGAGAAAGGGGAUGUAGUGCUCAUUGCUUCCAAAGGAAUUUGGGGUGAGAGAGCUGCAGAUAUUGCUCAGAGAAUAGGUGCUGAUGUUCGUCUCCUAUCAAAACCACCAGGGGAGGGCUUUACCCUAAAGGAGAUAGAAAAGGGUCUAGCAGAGCACAAGCCUUCUCUCCUCUUUAUAACUCACGGAGAAUCGUCUAGUGGAGUUGUUCAGCCUUUAGAUGGAUUAGGAGACCUGUGUCACCGGUAUAACUGCCUGCUCCUUGUAGACUCUGUGGCUUCUUUAGGAGGUGCGCCCAUCUACAUGGACAAACAGGGAAUUGAUAUCUUAUACUCUGGGUCUCAGAAGGUGAUAAACGCCCCUCCAGGCACAGCACCUAUAUCAUUCAGCGAAGCAGCAAGUAAGAAGAUAUUCAGCCGUAAGACAAAGCCACCAUCACUGUAUUUGGACCUGAACUGGCUUGCAAACUACUGGGGGUGUGAUGGGAAGCCAAGAGUAUAUCAUCAUACAGGACCAGUGACCAACUUCUACAGUUUACGAGAAGGACUGGCAAUCCUGGCUGAGAAGGGUUUAGAGUGCUCCUGGGAGCAACACCGCGAGACUGCUCUGAGGUUCCACAAAGGACUAGAAGAUUUGGGAUUAAAGCUCUUUGUGAAGGAUCCAGCGUUGCGACUCCCUACUGUGACAACAGUUAAAGUGCCAGACGGCUAUGACUGGAAGGACAUUACAACAUACAUCAUGAAGAAGUACAGCAUUGAGAUUACUGGGGGCCUGGGGCCCUCUGCUGGAAAGGUGCUCCGUAUUGGACUAAUGGGCUACAACGCAACGAAAGUCAACGUAGAUCGCGUAUUAGAAGCUCUCCGUGAUGCUUUGCAGCACUGCCCUAAGAAUAAGAUGUAAUUGUGGUGUACUGUGCAACCGCUGAAGAAACUCACUGUGUAAAUGUAGCAUCAACCUCUACCUGCUCACCCCCUGAACCCAUGUCUUCCAUGACAUCUCCUGAGCAAU